AUGGGAUACAUUGCACCAGAAGUAUUUAGUCGAUCAUAUGAUGGAGUUUCUCACAAGUCAGAUGUAUACAGUUAUGGCAUGUUAAUUCAAGAAAUGAUUGGAAGAAGAAAGAAUUAUGAUACUGCAGGAUCAUGUACUUCUGAAAUGUAUUUUCUAGAUUGGAUUUAUAAGAAUCUUGAGCAAGAUAAUAGCAAUGUGACUUGUUUAGCAAAUGCAGACGAAGAAAAUGACAUGGUAAGAAUGAUUACUAUGGUGAGUCUAUGGUGCAUUCAAACAAAUCCGUCAGAUAGACCAUCGAUGAGUAAAGUAAUAGAAAUGCUACAACGUUCACAGCCUUCAAUUCCAUUUCCUUUGAAGCCUUACUUAUAUUCUUCUGAAUUGCCAUCAUUACAACAAUCGUACGUGUCUUUUGUUAGAUAG